CAAUAACCAACUUCAAUCCCAGCUCCAAUCCCUAAUUAAACCCUAACCACAAAAAAUGUCCUUCAAACUAUUCACCCACCAACCAAGCACCCUCCUUCGCCUAGGUCUAAGCCUGAGCAUCGGUCUCAGCGCUGCAACCCUACACCCAACCUCGCCCUUCCGUGCCGCCCCAUUACAAUGCCAAUACACAGCACCCAGCACCAGCGAAGCCCUCUUCAAUAAAGAAACCGGGUCCGGAUGGACGAUUAACAACGGAGCAUCUGAAUCAAUGGCGCAGAAACAGGGACAGAGUGCGCGGACGGGUCUACUCACGGCGGAGGGAAUGCGGCAGGUUAGUCUGGGGUGUGUUUUGGGGCUUGUGGCUGGUGUGGGGUUGAGGGCUUUUUCGAGGGCUUUGGUUGUUAUUUUUGGUUUGGGGGUUGUUCUUGUUGAGUACGCUGCUUCCAAGGGCUACAAUAUCCUUCCCCUUCAUCGGAUGCAGAAGUAUGUUAAGAAUGUCGACUUGAAGCGGGCUAUGAGUGAGAAGCGGCCGUUUAAGAUGAGUUUCGGGGCUAUGAUGGCGCUUGCUGCUUUCGCGCAGUUCUGAGGGUUGCGCUUUAUUGGAAGCAAGCUACAUGUACAUACAUCUAAACAGCUAUCGUUCUCGGUAACCUACCAAGGAUCAAUCUGAUCUACUG